GCUGUUGAUUUUUAAAAUUCUCCUCGUGCGUCUUUACUUGAUUCGUGUCGCCGACCGCGCGACCAUCAUGCAGGUGUCUCUGGCCCUCCUCGUCUCCAGCUCGGCGCUCGUGCUGCUCCAGGGAUGCUGCACCGCCGUCAGGGGAUGGAAGCUGCUGAAGAACGGCGCCACGGAGGUUUUACCGGAGCACCGGGAAAACCCCGGGACACCUCAGGAGGCGAACCCACCGGCGUCCAACAACCACAACCACCACAACAACAACCACCACAACAACAACAACAACAACAACACUUUGAAUAACAGGGCCAAAAACGGCGGAAGGACAGCAAACACAGUCUCCUACAGUGCUUCGGAGCUGAGCUGUAGGGAGCUGCGCUCCACCCGUUACAUCACCGACGGGUCUUGCCGCAGUGCCAAGCCUGUCAAGGAGUUGGUGUGUUCAGGCCAGUGCAUGCCGGCACACCUCAUGCCCAACUCCAUCGGCCGCGGCAAGUGGUGGAGGGGCAGCGCUACGGACUACCGCUGCAUCCCGGCCCACUCCCGGACAAGGAGGGUCCAGCUGCACUGUCCCAACGGCAACACUCGGACUUACAAAAUCCGCGUGGUCACCUCCUGCAAGUGCAAGCGCUUCAGGCCCCACCACAACCAAUCAGAGGCCAAGGAGGUCCCGAAGACGCAACGCAACAAGAAGCACAGUCGCCUGUCUCAAGACCGGAGCAAGAACAACACACCGACACUGUUGGGCAACUCGUACUGAUGCUCCUCUCGAGUAACCAAAGGACAGACACCAAAGCACACACACAAACACACGUUACACAACACACAACAUAUCUCCAUCAAAUAGGGAGGAGACGCAAAAGAAAUUUCAAAGAGAGCGAAUUCAUAAGCUAAUUGCUGGGCUGGUUUUAAGUCAUCCGUCUUUAUUUUUCAGCCACUUGUCAGCAUAUUUGUGAACUUUGCUGCUUAUUGCAUGAGUGCCAGGGGCUUGCCAGAACUGGGACUGGUCAGGAGAUGUAGCACAAUUAUACGAUCGCCCCAAUUGCUCCAAACCUCCCCGGGCUUGGUUUCUGUCCUUCACUCAAACAGAUUUUAUUUAAUGAGAAGUCCUCCCUGAGGCUGAGGCUUCGAGCCCCAUCUGUACAAACAUCCAGCGGGUACAGAGCUGCACCGCAACACAGCUUUGUUUUAAAGCUGACAAGGUGCAUCUUCGCUCCAAAGAGGUUGUAAUCCAUCUCCUUUUGGCUGUGUGUGUGUGUGGAGGAGAUUGCAGCAGCUCUGGGGGCUCUGAUGGUGGGAUGUUGACAGGUUUUGAGAGGCCCGGACCUGUACAGCGGUGCAGGCAGCUCUCAGACAGCCCACUAAAGGCCCCACUCAUCAGGACAGCCCCACGUCGCUCUCCACGCUGCAGCAGCCCCAACCAGGCCUGUUAGUUACAGGGGUUCCCACGAAUAGAUACAAAGAGUCAGGAGAGACAGAUACAGGGGGUGGGGGGGCAGUUUUGACACCAUGAGGGCAAUGGGCAUUCCUGUGACUCCUCUUAAUUACUAAAUGAGCUCAUUCCUGUGUUAUUUGAGUCAUAAAAAGCCAUUUCCUCUAGCCAGUUCCUGUUUGCUGGAAUCACACACAGUAGAAAAAAAAAACUGUGCACGUGUGUAGGAGGAGGCAUCACAAAAUUGAGUGAGGUUGUGUUGUUACUUAAGGGCAGAGCAUUCUCCAGCACGCCCACACCGGAAUUCUUUUGUCCCUGGCCAAAUAGAGCAGCGAUCAACCCUCGGCAGCCAACAGCCGUCCGUUGUGUUUGAGACACCCUCUCCGCUCCCAUGCUGCAAAUAGCUCAAACAGGAAAGAAAGGAGCAAGAAUAACACAGAGAAAACAAUAAUUCAGUGUAUUGACUGAUACAAUCUGGCCCCAGUGUGUCACUGCAGACAACACAACCUCCUUCCUCAGCAAUGGGACUGUACUUCAUGAAGAAUAUUCACCAUGUUUCAGCAUGUUGACAGCAUUUCUGCUCAUAUUUGCUUCCUUUUUUAUGUUUAUUUUUUAUGUUUUUUUAAACAGUACUGACGAUGUUUGCUUCUAUUCCUAAAUGUUUGUUUUGUACUAGCAACUGGAAGCUGAGAGCUGUGAUUGUACAUAUCAUAUCUGUGUGGUCCAUGGCAGUGGUGCCCUCACUAAAGAGGGAGCGAGGGCUGUUUCUCUACGGACGCAAAAUAAGGACUGUUAUUAAAGAAUGAACUUCAUAUUUAUUUUUUAAUUUCCACAUUUAAAUUAUUUAUGCAACCUUUUUGUAGUAAAUGAUAGCCAUUAUUGUCAUAGAGUAUGAUAGAGACUUUGGAAAUGAAAUACUGUACAGACCAUGAAUAAAGUAAAGGAAGAUAUAUU